UUUACUUUAUUUAUUUCAGUUGCUUGAAGAUAAAAUUAUGACAUUUGUGAAGAACGAGCUGAAGAUGUUCAAGAGGAUUCUUAGUCCAGAACUCCCAGAAGGCUUUGAGAGUCAGAAGCAGGAUAAGGAAGUGGUGGAUGCUGAAGAUGAGAAGCAGGAGAGCAGUGCCAGAGAGGGGGCUCUGAAGAUCACACUGCACAUCCUGAGGAAAAUGAACCAGAAGGAGCUUGCUGACACACUGGAGAAAUAUUCAGAUGAGCUUGCUGUGAUUUGCCAACGUGAACUCAAAUCUAAUCUAAAGAAGAAGUUUCAAUGUGUAUUUGAGGGGAUCGCUAAACAAGGAAACCCAACACUUCUCAAUAAGAUCUACACAGAGCUCUACAUCACAGAGGGUGGAACAGGAGAGGUCAAUAAUGAACAUGAGCUGAGACAGAUUGAGACAACAACCAGGAAACAAGCAAGACCAGAGACUGCAAUCAAAUGUAAUGACAUCUUCAAACCCUUAACUGGACAAGACAAACCUAUCAGAACUGUGCUGACAAAGGGAGUCGCUGGCAUUGGAAAAACAGUCUCUGUGCAGAAGUUCAUUCUGGACUGGGCUGAAGGAAAAGCAAAUCAGGAUGUCCAAUUUGUAUUUUCAUUUCCUUUUCGGGAGCUGAAUUUGAUGAAAGAGGACAAACACACUUUCAUUGAACUUCUUAAUCACUUCUCAAUGGAAACCAAACAAUCAAGAAUCUCCAUCUACGACAAGUACAAAGUUCUGUUCAUCUUUGAUGGUCUGGAUGAGUGCCGACUGCCCCUAGACUUCCAGAAGAACAAGAUCUGUUGGGACGUCACAGAGUCAACCUCAGUGGAUGUUCUGCUGACAAAUCUCAUCAAGGGAAAUCUGCUCCCCUCUGCUCUCCUCUGGAUAACUACCCGACCUGCAGCAGCCAAUAAGAUCCCUUCAGGGUGUGUUGACCAGGUGACAGAGGUACGAGGGUUCAAUGACCCACAGAAGGAGGAGUACUUCAGGAAGAGAUUCAGUGAUGAGGACCUGGCCAGCAGAAUCAUCUCACACAUAAAGACAUCAAGGAGCCUCCACAUCAUGUGCCACAUUCCAGUCUUCUGUUGGAUUUCUGCAACAGUCCUUGAACACAUGCUGAAACAUAAGAGAGAAGAGAUGCCCAAGACUCUGACUGAGAUGUACACACACCUUGUGGUGUUUCAUACCAAACAGAAGAAUGAAAAGUAUCUUGGGAAAGAAGAGACAGGUCCACACUGGAAUAAAGAGAUCAUUCUGUCACUGGGAAAACUGGCUUUUCAACAGCUUGUGAAGGGCAAUCUGAUUUUCUAUGAAGAAGACCUGAAAGAUGCUGGCAUUGAUGUUAAUGAAGCCUCAGUGUACUCAGGAUUGUGCACACAGCUCUUUAAAGAGGAAUGUGGGCUGUACCAGGACAAGGUGUACUGCUUUGUUCAUCUGAGCAUUCAGGAGUUUCUGGCUGCUGUAUAUGUGUUCCUCUCAUUCAUCAACAACAAUGAGAAUCUAAUGGACAAACUGCAAUCAACGUCCAGGAACUUUUCUGUGAGGAUCAAACAAAGGCGUAAAGUUACUGUCUACAAGAGUGCUGUGGAUAAAGCCUUACAAAGUGAGACGGGAAACCUGGACCUUUUCCUCCGCUUCCUUCUGGGCCUCUCACUGGAGUCCAAUCAGAAGCACUUACGAGGUCUACUGACAAAGACAAGAAGCAGCUCACAGAGCCAUGAAGAAACAGUCAAGUACAUCAAGGAGAAGAUCAGGAAGAAUCUCUCUCCAGAGAGGAGCAUCAAUCUGUUCCACUGUCUGAAUGAACUGAAUGACCAUUCUCUAGUGAAGGAGAUCCAAAGAUUCCUGAGCUCAGGAAGUCUCACAAAACCCAACCUGUCACCUGCACAGUGGUCAGCUCUGGUCUUUGUGUUGCUGACUUCAGAAAAGGAGCUGGAUGUGUUUGACCUGAAGAAAUACUCCAGAUCAGAGGAAGGUCUUCUGAGGCUGCUGCCAGUGGUCAAAGCCUCCAGAGCUGUUCUGCUGUCAGACUGUGGAGUCACAGAGGAAGGCUGUGCUUCUCUGGUCUCAGCUCUGAGGUCAAACCCCUCACACCUGAGAGAGCUGGAUCUGAGUAACAAUGACCUGAAGGAUUCAGGAGUGAAGCUGCUCUCUGCUGGACUGGGGAAUCCCCACUGUAAACUGGAGACUCUGAGGUCAGUAUUAUCAGAUAUGAAAGCACUUUAUGUAUGUAGUUCUCCCAUUUGAAAAGUCGUAAUUAUU